GGCUAACCACCCCGGAGGCGACUGUAGAGACGACGUAAGGCAUUCUGAUUGGCUGAUUCCUCACGUGAUCUGCUGGCAAAGCCACGCAUGUGAUCCAUACACCCGGAACACAGCAGGAGCACCGGCUCCACUGCCCCUUCUCCCCUCCUUCAUCCCUACCCCACCCCAGCCAUGGCAGGAGAAAUCACAGAUACGGGGGAGCUCUAUUCUCCAUUUGUCGGACUGAUCUACAUGUUUAACUUGAUUGUUGGUACUGGCGCCCUCACCAUGCCUAAGGCCUUUGCCCAUGCAGGCUGGUUGGUGAGUCUUAUUCUCAUCAUCUUCUUGGCAUUUAUGAGCUACAUGACCACAACCUUUGUCGUUGAAGCGAUGGCUGCUGCCAAUGCCCAGCUGCGCUGGAAGAGAUGGGAGAAAGAGGUGGAAGCAGAUUCCUCUGAAAACUCCGAUAAUGAAUCUCUGUCUCCUGACGGGUAUGAAAAUUCGGAAGUCCAGCCUAUCCUUUCAGUGCAGCAACGGGGUUUGUCCAACCCAUUUGAAAUUGUGGAGCGAGUGGAAAUGGGGCAGAUGGCGUCAAUGUUCUUUAAUAAAGUCGGCGUAAACCUGUUUUAUUUGUGCAUCAUUAUAUAUCUGUAUGGAGACCUGGCUAUAUAUGCAACGGCCGUACCUCUGUCCCUCGUUCAGGUCACGUGUUUUACUGGGAAUGAAUCGUGUGGAACUCAGGCUGGAGAGAAAAAUGAUACAGACACCUGUUGGGGAAACAUCAGACGGAUUGACGCCUACAGGAUCUAUCUGGCCGUAUUCACUCUGUUCCUCGGGCCUUUUACUUUCUUUGAUGUACAGAAGACCAAAUAUCUCCAGAUUCUGACAUCACUCAUGAGAUGGAUAGCUUUCAUCGCCAUGAUUGUGAUAGCACUCAUCCGUAUCGGCGAAGGCAAAGGCGAAGGGAAGCCUCCUAUGGCGGACGCCUCGGGGAUCCGGAAUCUUUUCGGGGUGUGCGUGUAUUCUUUCAUGUGCCAGCAUUCUCUGCCUUCGCUGGUUACUCCCAUCUCCAGGAAGAAACACCUGACGGGGCUGGUCCUCCUGGACUACGUCCUGGUCCUGUCUUUCUACAGCCUCCUGUGCUUCACCGCUAUAUUCUGCUUCUCCUCUGGGAGCCUGAUGGACAUGUACACUCUUAACUUCAGCGGGUGCAGCCCUUUUGUGCCUGCAGUGAUCGGCUACUUCCUCGGGUUGUUCCCCGUGUUCACCAUUAGCACCAAUUUCCCAAUCAUUGCCGUCACGCUACGAAACAACUGGAAGACCCUUUUCCAUCGGGACGGAGGCACCUAUCCCUGGUUUGUGGACCGCGUUGUGUUUCCCCUCAUCACCCUGGUGCCGCCAAUCCUGGUAGCAUUUUGUACCAACCACCUGGAAAUCCUAGUUAGCGUCACCGGUGCCUAUGCUGGAAACGGCAUCCAGUAUGUUAUACCAGCGUUCUUGGUGUUCUGCAGUCGCAAGGACUCUGCCCUAGUAUACGGACCCGACAGUAGGAAUAAGCACCUGUCUCCUUUUAAGCAAGUAGGCUGGGUGUGGUUUGUUCUUCUCUGGGCAUUCUCCUGCUUUAUAUAUGUCACUGCCAACAUAAUCCUGACCGAUGUUAACCUGUAGCUAUCACAAGCCGUGAUCAUCAUGGCCGAAGCUGGACGGCUUUGUGCGGGACACAUGAGCUGCCAAAAGUUUGUCGGGGCUGGCCCCGUUCUCACUGGACAGAUCCUAAACUAUCAUGAAUACUAUGUUCAGAAUCUAUAUGAAGAAAUCCUAAUCGUGCCUUGUCUUCUUUCUGGCAAAUAAAAGGUUCGAUGUCGGGUGGGCAUCGCCUGACCAUGGCAUGUAGAAGAGCCAACUCUUGCCUUUUAAAAGGAACGCAGGCACAUCUUGUGCCUUUGACCAGUUCUAUAGGAUUCCUGUAUAUGGAUGGUCUGAUGCGCGCUGAACUAUAUACUCCAACACAAGCUUAAAGCGGUCUUCCAAGAUAUUUUUACUGAUGACCUAUA